ACACUGUACACACCACUGUACACACCACACGUACACACACACUGUACACACACACACUGUACACCAAAACGUAACACACCACUGUCAACAAACACACUGUACACCCCACUGUACACAAAACACGUAACACACACCAUACACACUGUACACACACAACAUAAAAACAACAAUGUCCACACCUGUACACACACACACUGUCACACACACACAACUGUACACACAAACACACACUGUACCCACACACUGUAAACCCCACUUUUACCACACACUGUACACACACAAAACCCCCUGUCAAAAACCCCAACUGUACACACCCCCACACCCCGGACACACCCACACAAACCCCCCUGUCCCACACCUGUACACCCCCACACACACACAAAACAAAACACACACACCCCCUGUAAAUUCACACCCCCCACACACACUGUCCCACACCACUUGUACCCCCACACCCCCCUUGCCCCACACACGGUACCCACAAACACACACCCCCACCCCCAAAAAUAAACAAAAAAAAAAAAAAAAAAAGAAUAAACCACAAACCAACCCCCUGUACACACCCCACACGGUACCACACAAAAGGGUUAAUAUCCGCUUUAAACUAACGAAACAAAAGUUUUGGGGUUUAGGUGUCCCCCCCUGGGGCCCUUGCCCUUUCCCCGGGGGUGUCCUGUACUAAAAGCUGUCCUAAACAAACAAAAACAGGAAUAGACAGCGUCCUGUGGGGGGUUGUUUUUUAAAAUAAAGCCUUGCCCCUACAAAAACCGGGAGAUGACUAGUUCCUUCCAGGGGGUUCCUGUACAUAAAGCGGGUCUCACUACAAAAAAAGGAUAACCUAUUUCCCCGCCCCGGGGGGUUUCCUGUCAUCAACUGUCUCCUACAAAAAACAGGAGAUAGCAGCCCUGUCCAGGGGGGGGGCCGGUACUCAAGCUGUCUCACUACGAAACAGGAGAUGACUAUUUGUCCUUUCCCGGGGGUGUCCGGGUACAUCAACCCUGUCUAAAACUACAAAACAGGAGAUAGAUAGUGCCCCGGGUCCGGGGGUUUUCCUUACAUAAAGCUGUCCCACUACAGAAACAGGAAAAUGGGCCCUUUGGCCCUUUUCCAGGGGGUGUAUUUGUAAAAUCACCCUCCCCUAAAACUACAGAAACAGAAUAGACUGCCCCUGUCCGGGGGGUGUCCUUGUACAUAAAACCUCCCUAAAAAAACGAAACAGGAAUAGACUAGUUUUCCUGUCCGGGGGGGUGGCCCCUUUUAACUAAAGCUGGUCCACUCCGAAACGGAAUAACAGUGCCUGCCCGGGGGGGGUUUAUUUGUAAUCAACCCUCCCUCCUACCAAACAGGAGAUAACAGUGCCCUUUCCCAGGGGUUCCUGUACAUCAGUUUGUCUACUACAAACGGGAGAUAAAAUAGUGCCUUCCAGGGGGUGUCCUUUUAACAUCAAGCUGUCUCACUACGGGAAACCCGGAGAUACCCUCCUGCCCAGGGGCCUUUUCUGGCUCGGAAAAGGGCUUCCUUCCCAAACUUUGCUAACCCAAUACACCCUGAAUACACACCACAGUAACACCAAAUAUCCUAAAAUACACCCCAAACAUUCCCAAAAUUUAAAUAAAACCCACCAAUUCACACUAUAAUAAAACCACACCCAAAACUCAAAUACACACUCUAAUACCCCCCUCGAAAAUUUCUCUCUUUCUCUCCCCCUCUCUUCUCUCCUCUCCCUUCUCCUCCUCUCUCUCUCCCCUUUUCUAGGAGGUAUCUUGCCCCAAAACGGGCCCCAAAAGUCCCUUCCGGGGAACUUGUUCGAUUCCCCCCGGAAACCCCGGACAGGAGAAAGGAACGUAUCCCCCACCGAGAAAAUCCAUCAACGGGCUCUUUGGGUGAAAAAACCCCCACCCCAAAACAAAACACCACACCACACCCAGGAAAAAACGGGCCCCUCGCAGAAAACUCCACCCCUUUCCCAAAAACCACACCUUUUCUUCACACACAACCUAACCCCAGGUUUUUUUUUGGUACUUUUUUCUCUCUCUCUUUUGCCCCAAUUUUCGUGCCCCCCUGUUCAAAAGAGCGGGGACAAGACAAAAACCCCAAACGGGAGACAAAACCCAAAAAUUUUAUUUCUUUUUUAAACCAGGGGUUUCCCAAAGGGAAAGAAACACCUCUCACAAGGUCAAAUUUUCCCCGGGGUCGCACUUGUCUGAAGGGGUAGGUUCUGGGGCAGGGGUAUGGGGGGGGCGGGCGGGGGGGGGGGGGGGGGAAACCCCGCCCCCCCUUCUAUUUUUUUCCCCUUUUUGUCGUUUCACAUUAUUUGCUUGCCCCCAAAAAAUCCAUAGGAUUUUUUUUGAAGUCCCAUCCUAAAAAACAUUUUUUUUGGUGAGACCACCCUGGGCCACCUCUUAAGUAAUCACAAGUCUCUCCUUUUUCCUUUCCCCUCCCCUUUCAUUUUUUUUUUCACUGUACUUUAUACAAUCCUCUCUCUCUCUCUCUCUCUCCCCCCUCUCUCCCCCCUCUCCCUCCUCCCCUCUUUUCCUCCUCUCUCCCCCUCCUCCCUCCCCCUCCUCCCCUCUCUCCCCCUCUCUCUCUCCCCCUCUCUCCCCUCCCCUCUCUCUCUCCCCCCUCUCCCCCCCCCCUCUCCCCCCUUUUUUCUCCCCCCUCCCCCUCUCCCCCUCUCCCCUCCCCCUCUCUCUCUCUCCCCCCUCUCUCCCCCCCUCUUUCCCCCCCUCUCUCUCCCCCCUCUCUCCCCCCCCUCCCCCUCUCUCCCCCCUUCUCUCUCUCCCCCCCCCCUCUCUCCCCCUCUAUCUCCUCCCCCCUCUCUCUCUCCCCCCUCUAUCUCUCUCUCUAGUUUUAUGUGGUGGUAUGAAGACAUUACAGAGGCGUUGGACCACCUUCCUCAAGGCUCAGUUGGUGUGUGAGGACAGAGCCAGCGGACAGCGUUACAACAUACUGACCGAUGUCUACACGACACAACACACAUCUGGAGACCCUAGCUCAACACACUUCUACGGUCUCUUCACUUCUCAGUGGUAAGGAUGGAGGGGAGGAUGGAUGGACUUGUGGACUUCAGUGCACAACACAUCAACUGUGUCUGUGACCUGGCGAGAGAGAAAAAAACCCCCGUUCCAAGCCAAACCUUCAUAUCAUGACCGCUAACCGCUGCACACACAGCCUUCAUCGUUGUGUCUCCAUUAGGGCUGUGGUGGUUAUUACAAAAAGACUGCCGGUCUCACGGCAAUUGACCGUUAAUUAACAUAAACAACUUUAGCAUCUCCUGGCCUCCACUAAUAGAAGCUGCAUUCAAGCCGAUGAUGGGCACCUUUGGAACAUCUACAGUUAAAAAGUAUAUAAACAAUCAAUUUAAUAAACACCAUCGUAAUAAAUCCAUUAUUUAUUUUAGUCAGGUCUAAAGAAACAUUAUGAUAUGAAGAAAAUGUUUUUCAGAAGAACAGAAAUGAGUUGGCCUACUGUAUGUUAUCUGGCUAUGCUCCAUGCCAUAGGCUGUAGGCUAGUUCAUUUAGCAGACAAGAUAUGCUUAUAAGUCCCCAUGCCAUUAUUUUACAUUAUAUGAUUUUAAAGUAAGAAGAAUAUAAUUGAACUUAGCUGAAUAAAAUUCCGGAGGAAGUGCGCAUAUGAAGUGGCAAUGUUGAGCUUAAAAGUGAUCAUUUGAAAAAGGUCCUAUACGCUAGAUUUAGAGUUAUUUGGCAACUAUAGUGAUGAAUGAUACAAACCUUAGAAUGUCUUAGAAAUCAAAAGGUAUACGGGCUGCAUGAUGCCAUUAUAGGCUAUUGAUGAUUUGAGAAAGUCAUAAAAAAGCCUGCGCUCUGUUCCUUGCCUCAGGCUGCACACGCUUUUCUCUCAUCAAUUGAUCAUAUUUUCACCCCAUCAGACUAUUCUCAAUUUAAUCUUGUCUUUACUAAUAUCUAAAAUCAGUUUAGAUUUAUAAUGGCCCAUUAUCAAAUGAUCAGGAACAGCGGCAAGGGGCAAAAAGACAUGUCAUCCUUAUGCCCUCCAAUAGCGAAUGGAGGCUGCGCGUUUUCCCGCCGGUCCGAUUUUCAACGACGCCAGACAGGCUACUUCGGUUUUAUUGCAGAGAGCUGUGCAUGAUAUGAGCAGCUAAGAAAUACAAGAACACUUAUUUCACUCCACACAUCACCCAAUGUUUGAGGAGUAUGCUCUCGCUGCGCGACAGGUGAUAUUCCGCCCAAACUCUGUAUGCCAUGGGCUCUCCAACCCUGUUCCUGCAGCUACCCAGCCAGUACUUUAAUUUGGGAAACCAAGUGAAAUCUGUUCGAGAACAUCGAUAUUAAGAUGUUUUCGCAAACAAAACAUAUUUUACUAAACGUUUGACAGCCCCUCUGCGCGCUUGAGAAAGGAAUAAAGGAGAGAGAGGAGAUGGAAACGCAUGGUGGUGAGAUAUUCUGUAGCUAAAGGUAAUGUGUCAGCCUAUUAGUAAUGAACAUAUAAAGAAAUCCCUAUUACUAGGUUAUUCCAAAAUCAUAUACAAAUUCACUAUAAUCGUAAGCUAACUGUAAGCCGCCCUGUACAAUCAAUGAACCAACCGCAUCGCCUCGGUCUAUAGGUUCUCUCCCAGACUCCUGGAUAGAAAUGUAUGAGGGCAUUAAUACAGUCCACACUCAAAGGCGAUUACUCAAAUGUGUUUACUUUUGGAGUAUAGGCUAGAACCAGUUAUGUACCGAAGACAUCUUAAAUCAGUUUUGUUUUAUGUUUUUCUGCCAUGCGUAAUAUGCAGUAGGUUAUGUAUUGUAUAACGGCACAAUCAUUUUAAUUCAGGUGUUUUUUUUCGGGCUUGGGCUCAUAAGCCCUAUGCAUAUGCCUAAGCUCUAAUAUGUGUAUGAGAGUUUUGAAUUAAUAAUCAACUUAGAAACCACUGUCCAUUUCGUUGUGUUAGGCUUUGAAACAACAUCCACAAUCAGUUUCAACUUGCUUUUGAACUUCUUUCUUCAAAUUGAUCAUAAUAAUAAUAAUAAUAAUAUGCCAUUUAGCAGACGCUUUUAUCCAAAGCAACUUACGGUCAUGUGUGCAUACAUUUUUACGUAUCAUCACAAUGAGGUGAGUUUUAAAAGCAUGAAGCUGUUUUGAUGAUAAGUGUUUAUGUGAUUUUUCGAUUGCAUUUGCACUGAUGUCAGAGUGGUUAGAAGGACAAUAGAGGCCGGAGUACCAGGCCAUUAGCGACCUGAUGGUCGUUUGGGUCCUACCAACACAUGUCCUGAGUGCACACUGUAAGAGGAGAUUACCAUGACUCAAUGGUCAAGUGGAAUUUUACUGCGGACAUGACUCAUGACUGCCUGUGCUGUGGUGAUGUGGUCACCACAACAGCCCUACUCACCAUUAUUAGCUAACGUCAUAAUCAACAUAGCUACUAGAACUAAAGCGUUAGUAAACCGCUACAAUCAUGCAGUACAGUGUAGUCAGCAAGCAGUUUAGCAGUUACACCAGCGGGCCCCGGUGGCAAUAAAUUAAUAAAACCAAAAGCUUACCUUGACUUGGAAGAGUUCCAGUGUUGGAUAGCUAUAGCCAGCUAGCUAACAUAGCAUCCCUCUCUGUUUGACCCAGGUGUUUGAAUAGGCUAAACUAGCUAGCUGCCUUUGACACUAGCUAAGUAAGUGAAAGUGAAAAAAUAUAUACUAUGAAAUAUAGCUAGCUCGCUUUCUUGCUACUCCUUCAUUUUAGAAUAAAUUAAUUUGUUCAAAACUGUUGUCUUUCUCUCUCUUUGAGUCAACUACCCACCACAUUUUAUGCACUGCAGUGCUAGCUAUCUGUAGCUUAUGCUUUCAGUACUAGAUUCAUUCUUUGAUCCUUUGAUUGGGUGGACAACAUGUCAGUUCAUGCUGCAAGAGCUCUGAUAGGUUUGAGGACAUCCUCCGGAAGUUGUCAUAAUUACUGUGUUAGUCUAUGGAAGGGGGUGAGAACCAUGAGCCUCCUAGGUUUUGUACUGAAGUCUUAUACCCAGAGGAGGAGGGAAGCUAGCUGUCCUCUGGCUACACUAUGGUACUACUCUACAGAGUGCUGCUGAGGCUACUGUAGACCUUCAUUGCUAAUCAGUGUGUUUUAAUCAAUUAUUUGGUGACGUGAUUAUAUUUAGUGUAGUUUUAUCUAAAAAGGAUAACUUCUUGAAUGUUUCACUAUUUUAAUUUGUAUGAAAUUCACUGAGGAGCCUCAACUGGUAGAGAGUAUAGAGUGAGAGAGACAACAACAGGAACAUGUGAAACUUCCUUUCAUUAUACUUGUUCACCUAAAUCAAAUCCUAUCCCUCUCUCCUGUGUGUGUGUGUGUGUGUGUGUGUGUGUGUGUGUGUGUGUGUGUGUGUGUGUGCAGGGAGUAUGAGGAGUUGUCAGCGGUGUGUGUGUACAGUCUGGCUGACAUCAGUAAAGUGAUGGACGGACCCUUUAAGGAACUGAAGAAGACCUGUGAGAACUGGAUCAACCCAGAACCAGUACCAACACCUAGACCAGGACAGGUACAGUCUAGAACACAUUACCUAGAACCACUAUCAACACCUAGACCAGGACAGGUACAGUCUAGAACACAUUACCUAGAACCGCUAUCAAUACCUAGACCAGGACAGGUACAGUCUAGAACACAUUACCUAGAACCACUAUCAAUACCUAGACCAGGACAGGUACAGUCUAGAACACAUUACCUAGAACCACUAUCAACACCUAGACCAGGACAGGUACAGUCUAGAACACAUUACCAAGAACCAGUACCAGUACCAACACAUAGACCAGGACAGGUACAGUCUAGACCACAUUACCUAGAACCACUAUCAAAACCUAGACCUGGACAGGUACAGUCUAGAACACAUUACCUAGAACCAGUACCAAAACCUAGACCAGGACAGGUACAGUCUAGAACACAUUACCUAGAACCACUAUCAACACCUAGACCUGGACAGGUACAGUCUAGAACACAUUACCUAGAACCACUAUCAAUACCUAGACCUGGACAGGUGCUCAGUACCAGGUUACACCAGGACCUGCCUAGUUAAAAGUUAUUUGAGAUAGAUGAAUGAGUUAAGAACUUUAAAUAUUAACUAAAUCUUUCCUUUACCCAGUGUCUGAACAGUGCUCUGAGAGCGGAGGGCUUCGAGUCUUCUCUCAAGCUGCCGGACAAGGUAAUAUAUAAUACAGUAUAAUAAUAAUAUAAUUAUACUAAUCUAUAUCAAUAUAAUAUAUAUAUAAUAAUAAUAUUAUAUAUGCUUGAAGGUGUUGACGUUUAUGAGAGACCACCCUCUGAUGGAGAACAGUGUGAUCGCAGUGCCUAUACUGGUGAGGAGGGGAGUCACAUACACUAAAGUAGCCGUUACCAGGACGACCACGCUGUCGCAGAGCAACGCAGCCACCGUGCUGCACCUGGGAACAGGUGAGGGAGGGGUGGAAGUGGAGACUUGAGAAUGGGUGAGGGAGCGGAUGUUGUGGGGGCGGGGGGCUGUUCCGGCCGGGGGCUGUUCCCGCGGCUGGCUUGUUCGGCCGGCGGUGUUCCCUUCGGCCGGCGGGCUUUCUCGGCCGGGCGGGCAUGUUCCCGUGCGCGGCCGGCUGGCUGUUCCCGGCCGGCCUUGUUCCCGUGCUCGGCGGCGGGCUUUUCUCGCGGGCGGCUGUUCUUCCGUGCCGGCCGCCGGGCUGUUCCCGUGCCGGGGGCGGGCUGUUCCCUGCGCGCCAGCGGGCUGUUCCCGGCCGUGGGCAUUUCACGGCCGGGGGUGUUUCCCGUGCGCGGCCGGCGGGCUGUUCUCGAGGGCGGGUGUUCUGGCGGGGGGUGUUCUCCCGUGCGGGCCGGGGGCGGGUUCCCGGCCCGGGCUUUUCCGGCCGGCGGGCUGUUCCCCCGGCGUGCUUUUUCCCCGCCGGCUGGCCUUCCCGCCCGGGCUGUUCCCGGCCCGGCUUUCCCGUGCAGGCGGGGCUUUUCCCCGCCGCGGCUGUUCUCGUGGGCCAGGAGGGGGCUGUUCCCUGCCGGCGGCUUUCCCGGCGCGGGCUGUUCCCCGGCUGCUGUUCCGUGCGGCCGAGGCUUUCCCGCGCGCCUGUUGUGGGGCGGGCGACUUCUGGGCGGGGUCUGGCCCCAUCCCGCGGCUGCUUGUGCGCACCCUCCCCCAUGUGUGCUUUUCUUUUCACGUGUGUGUGUCUAUGUGUCUGUGUGUGUCUGUGUGUGUGUGUGUGUGUGUGUGUGUGUGACCGGUGUGACCACCAGAUCGGGGGGAGCUCCACAGAGUAAGUGGUGGUAGACACAACACUACGCUACUACAGGAGAUACCUCUCUUCUCUGAACAGAACCUGUCAACAACAUACUGCUACACAAGGUAACACACACACACACACACACAGACACAUUCACACACACCCACACCCACACACACACACACACACACACACACACACACACACACACACACACACACACACACACACACACACACACACACACACACACACACAGACACAAGCUAAACUUCUAUUCCUUCCCUCCUCUCUCUCUCCCCUCCCUCUCUCCCUCCCUCCUCUCUCUCCCACUCCCUACCUCCCUCCCUCCCUCCCUCCUCAGGGGCAGGCUCUAGUAGGUACCCCCCUAUCCCUGGCCCGUGUGGGGGCAGAGGGGUGCAGCCUGUACACCAACUGUGAAGUGUGUGCCCGGGCUAGACCCCUGGGGUGUGUGUGGAGGGCCAAAGAGGGAACCUGUGGCCCCAGCAUGACAGAGUGAGUAACACACACACUAUAACAGAAGUAUUUAAGCACACACACACACACACACACGCGAUCUUACCCUCCGUGUGUAUGUUGUAGGCCCAUCCAGGGAGAGGAAGUAGAGGAUGCUCUGAAGCUGUGUGACAGUGGAGAAGGUGAGUGAAACUGCUUGAUAAUCAAUGAUAAUAACAACAACAACAACAACUGCUGCUUGUUAAUCACUUAGAAGUACCUUCUACAAGUUUACAUUACUGCAAAGAGUUUCCAGGUUAUAGUUGCAAUUGAAAUCAAUAUAAUUUUUUUUUAAAUUUUGUCCCUCCCUCCCUCCCUCCCUCCCGCCCUCCCCUCCCUCCCUCCCUCCCUCCCUCCCUCCCUCCCUCCCUCCCUCCCUCCCUCCCUCCCUCCCUCUCCCCGAUCCCUCCCUCCCUCUCCCUGAUCCCUCCCUCCCUCCCUCCCUCCCUCCCUCCCUCCCUCCCUCUCCCCGAUCCCUCCCUCCCUCCCUCUCUCCCUCCCUCCCUCCCUCUCUCCCUCCCUCCCUCCCUCCCUCCCCCCUCCCUCCCUCCUUCCCUCUCCCCCCAAUCCCUCCCUCUCUCCCCUCCCCUCCCCUCCAGGUCGUUGUUCCCCUGCCCUGAGGGAGCUGCGUGUCUCUGUGGGUCUCCAUGUUCUGUUGCCCUGCGUCCAGGUGUCACCACGCCCCUGUACCUGGGAACACCCACCACACAGGUGAUGCUUUAUACAAUGAAUAAUAAUAAUAAUAAUAAUAAUAAUAAUAGUUAUAACAACAGCAAAUACAAAUAACAACAUGAAGAAGAACAAUAAUAAAUGUCUAAUUUUAUCUUGUUAUUUCUAAAUGCGAUGUUUUUCUCCCAGACACACCCGUCAGCAUCACUCUGACCUGGAGGUCACUGUCACAGUGGAGAGCCUGGGGACAUACACAUGUCUAUGUCAGGUAGGCUGAACACACACACACACACACACACACACACACACACAACACCCACACACACACACACACACACACACACACACACACACACACACACCACACACACACUACAUACACACACACACCACACACACACAAACACCCCACACAUCAGCAAGCAUACCACUUUCCUCUUUUCCCCCCUUAUUUCCCCCCCCCCUCCUCCCUUUGUUCCCCUCUCUCCCUCCUGUCCUCUCUCUCCCCUCUCUCCCUCCUGUCCUCUCUCUCCCCUCUCUCCCUCCUAUCCCCCCUCUCCCCUCUCUCCCUCCUAUCCCCCCUCACCCCUAUCCCCCUCCUGCCCCCCCUCUCCCCUCUCUCCCUCCUGUCCCUCUCCUUCUUUCCUCCCUCCUGCCCCCCCUCUCCCCCCUCUCCCUCCUUUCCCCCUCUCCCCCCCUCUCCCCUCCGGCCCCCCCCCCUCUCCCCCUCUCUCCCUCCUCCCCCCCCUCUCCCCUCCUCCCCCCCUUUUCCCCCUCCCCUCCCCCCUCUCCCUCCGUCCCCCUCUCCCCCCCUCCCUCCUGCCCCCCCUCCCCCCUCUUUUCCCUCCGGUCCCUCUUCCCCUUUUCUCCCCCCCCCUCCCCCCCCCCCUCUCCCCUCUUCCCCCCCCCCCCCUCUCUCCCCUCCCCUCCCUUUUUUCCUCCCCUCCCCCCCCUCCCCCUCCUUCCCUUCUCUCCCUCUCUCCCCUUUCCUCCCCCCCUCUCCCCUCUCUCCCCCCCUUUCCCCCCCCCCCCCCUCCCCCCCUCUCCCCCUCCUUCCCCCCCUCCCCCCUCUCCCCCCCCCUUUCCCCCCCCCUCCCCCCUCUCUCCCUCCUGCCCCCCCCCCUCCCCUCUCUCCCUCCUUUCCUCCUCUCCCCCUCUCCCCUCCUUUCCCCCCCCUCUCCCCCUCCUUCCCCCCUCCCCCCCUCUCCUCCUUCCCCCUCUCCCCCCCCUCUCCCCUCCUUUUUCCCCCCCAAACCCCCCUCUCUCCCCCCUACCCCCCCCUUCCCCCCCUUUUCUCCCUCCUUCCCCCUCCCCCCCUCCCCCUCUCUCCCUCCUGUCCCCCCUCACCCCUCUCCCUCCUGUCCUCUCUCUCCCCUCUCAUCCCUCCCUGUCCCCCCCCUCUCCCCCUCUCCCCCGUCUCUCCCCGCCUGGCCCCCUCCCCCCUCUCCCCUGCUCUCCCCCUGUCCCCCUCACCCCUCUUCCCUCCUGUCCCUCCCCUCUCCCCGCUCUCUCUCCUGUUCCCCACUCUAUCUCUCUAAACCUCCUGUCCCCCCUCUCUCCUCUCUCCCUCCUGUCCCCCUCACCCCCUCUUCCCUCCUGUCCUCCCCUUCCCCUCUCUCCCUCCUGUCCCCCCCCCCCACCCUCUCUCUCCUCUCUACCUCCUGUCCCCCCUCUCUCCUCUCUCCCUCCUGUCCCCCCUAGCCCCUGUCUCUCCCCCACCAGGACGGUGGUCUAAUGGGUAAACGCGAGUGUCCUACCUGUUUAGAAGUGAACUUUAUUACUGUGUAUGUGUGUGUGUGGUCCAGGAGGGUGGACCAGGGGGUAAGGAGGAGAGUCCUGCCUGUCGUAGAGCCUCCUACCAUCUCACCCUGGAGGGUCCCAGCGCUGGGGGGGCCGUGGCCACGGCUGGAGGACGUCACCUACUGGUCAUCUACAUACUCUGCUUCAGGUAGGAUAAACACACACAUGGACACACACGGACACACACACACACACACACAUGGACACACACAUGCAUCUUCACUCACUCUUUGCUGCUCUCAAAACUUAAAUAAAUCUCUCUUUAACCCACGAUCCCCUCUCUCACAUCUCUUUCCCCCCUCCCCCUGAUCCCCUCUCUCCCAUCUCUUUCCCCCCUCCCCGAUCCCCCUCUCUCCCCCAGCCUGGGCGUUGCCAUCGGUUGCUUUCUCCUCCACUUCCUUUCCCGCCAACGCGGGAUUGGCCAGCGCCACCCAGACCACUCCCUUUCCUCUGAGAAAGGGCAGGACUUGCUGGGCUCCUCGGCGACGCCGCAGUCACCUAGCAGUGCCAGUUUGCUGUCGGAGGGGUUCCCAUUAACGGAGAAGAGAGGAAAUGGAACGCUGCUACUGACACACCACCACAACAACGGCAACGAUGGUCACCACGGCAACUACGGCGUCGUUGGCAGCAACGGCGGCUACAACGGUAACCGUGGCAACGGCGGCGGCCACGGCAACGGCGGCUACGCCAACAACGCUAACUGUAACGUGCAGACGGCAGCGAGCGCUGUGGACGGGCUGAAGCUUCACGUUCAGGAGAUGGUGACGGGGGAGAGGAGCCGGGGAGAGAGGGAGAGCGGGAGGCCGGAGAGGGGACAGGGGGAUGAGGAGGACGAGGGGCUGGGGGAGGGGUUGGUGGGACUGGAGGAGGAAUUAGCGGGGUUUGCGUUGUUUAAGUUACCGGCACCAUUAGCCCAGUGUGAGGAGAGUUCCAUCUGA